CAUCGUUAUCAUUCAGAUUCAUGAUUGACUGUGGUUGUGGUACAGGUACAGGCGGUGUGGUACGGACUUGUAGUGACUAGUGACCGUAGUGACUGAGCAGUGUAGAUAAGAGCAAGAACCUUUAAUUAGCGUUUUUCAGAAAACAAAGAUCAAAUUGCUUCCAUUUAAAUUUCUGGAACCGAUAAAUUUUCAAUGACCAAAGAAUGCUGCGUCGUAUGAAAUUAAUUUUGUGUGUUUGCAUGAUUUUAUGCACACUUGACAGUAAAGCUGAAGACAAUCAAGUUUCAUUAACCAAACUUGGUUCAAAAACAGGACCGACAUUAAAAUUCUUUUACUGUUAUUCAUGUGGAUAUAGAAAAGUUUUUGAAGAGUAUGUUAGCAUACUUAGGGAAAAGUACCCAGACCUGCAAAUUAAUGGAGAAAACUAUAAUCCCUCUCAUAACAAAAUGCUUAUUGCUAAAUUAUUAAGCUUUGUGAAAAUUUUAUUGAUAAUCUUAAUAGUAAGUGGACUUGAUUUGGGACAACAACGAGGAUCUCUUUGGCAAUGGUGUAUAGAUAAUCGAUUCUAUUCUUGUAUAAUGAUAUUUUUUAUUUUUAAUGCAAUAGAAGGACACUUUAUAUCGUCAGGAGCUUUUGAAAUACAUUUCAAUGAUGUUCCUGUAUGGUCCAAACUAGAAACUGGUAGAAUACCACAACCACUUGAAUUAUUUCAGAUUAUAGAUACUCAUUUAAAUAUGCAAUAUGCAGAUGUAGAUAUAGGAUAAAUUAAUUUUAAUAAGAAAUCUAAUUGCAUUUUUUUAAUUGUACCAAAUGUUAAAUAACUCUGGUUACGGAGCUUUCAUUGCUGCAACUCUAUAAUUAAUACCGAAAAAAAAAUAUUACCAUCAUUUUCAUGCAUUGUAUGUAUGUAUUUCGUUACAACUAUUGUUAUCUCCGUUUCAUUUCAGAUGGUACAUACAGAAUAGAGUUUGCAUGUUGAAAGCUGAAAUAAAAAUCUUUUAAUAUUGUUCA